CUACAUGACUACGUAUGCUGCCCAUCCUACUACACCGAAGCUCCCAAGUUUCCGCUUAUUACUCCACCAAAACGGUCGAAUACUACACCGAAGCGCCAAAGUACUACUCUGCCCCGAUCUACACAACCACAACUGAGGCGGCCAAGUAUUACGCAGUCCCGACUUACUUCACAGAAGCUGCCCUUUCGUACUACAUCGAGCGGAAAUACUACAGUGAUGCUCCAUUUUACUUCACCACAACCUACGCUACACCUAGCUACAACACCGCAGUCCCCAAGUACUACACCGAAAAAGCCGCCCAUUACACAACCACAUGCCUGGUAUACCACAUCGAGGAAUUUAAGUAUUACCCUGCUCCAAACUACUACCAUCUGAGGUUCAUAUGUAUUAAACCCGGAAAUUCUCCCGACUAUGUCACCACUACUUAUGUUGCUCAUACCUAUACAUCGAAGUUCUGAAGUAUUUCUCUGGAUGUGUUGAAAGAUUGCUGAAAUACAAGAUUGAUCGAUAAA